AUGACUGUGUUUAUUAACCCCCUCUUGUACCAAAGUCAAGAGAUCGCGGUUUCUGACUGGAUUACUCUUCUCACUCUGUGUUUGGCUCCGCUCAUUGCGCAUGUUCUUAUCGGUGCACCUUCACCGACUUAUCUUUCUCUGAGUCGGCCUCCUUGGCACGAACGAAUAUGCCACUAUAAUCCGACUUCCAUUCUCUGGCGAUACGGAGCCAUCACUGACCGUCGCAUUCGGGCCAAGAACUGGGAUAGAUUCGAUCUCGCUGCCAGCAAUGCCUUGUUUUGGACUGAUCAAGGCUGGGAUGGAUCUGAAGAGAUGAUCGCGUACAGCCGACCGCCUGAUGGGGACAGGGUUACCUUGUUAUCAAGAGACGCGAUCAAGACUCUCAUUGUUACUGUUCAAGGCAUGCAGGCCAUAAUCCUGCUAUUGGGCAGUCAAAUCGACCCUUCUGCCCCAAGUUUCACACUGUUGAUGGCUGUCGACAUCAUUUUUUUCCCAAUGGCACUUUUCGGAUUGCUGAGGCUGUGCAGCUGUCUGUGGCUUACGGACGAGUUCUCAUUCGCCUCGAUGGAGGACAUCCCUGCUGGUUCUCCACAACCUAUGGUCUGUAGCACGACAUCGUUCGAGAUAUUGGCUGCGAACCCUACGACGAUUGAACCCCAAAGAUUUCACAACUCAGGUUUCUGGGGCAGCAGAACAUUUCGAUGCACUUAUGCUCUGGUGCUCCUCGCUCUCCUGGGGUUGGCCCUGUCGUUCAUGGUCCCACAGGGAAACACUUUCUACACCACGACGACUUUCGUGGUGAUUAUCUUCUACCUGGGCGUGAUCGGGAUGACUGCCCUGAUAACAACCUGGUACAUGGGCAUCAAAGGAGCCAAGUCCACUGUCUUGCCUUGCAUAUCAUCCACCUGGUACAAAUUCUACACCGGCGUUCUGUUGGGCUUUGGAAUUGCCGUGAUUGUCAUCGCAUGCAUUGAGACUCGCAAGACUCCCUGCGGAAAGUUCACAAGUGGUCCAGGUAUACAGGCUGAUCUGUUGGCGUGCUUGCGCGGCAAAUUCGACAAGACUGAGCAUCAUGAUAUCGUUGACGGUCCAUAUAAUGGCACCAUUAGUUAUGGCUUCCAACGCCCCAAUAACGCCAGCUACGUGGUAGCUCACUACGAAGACGAUCAGCAAAAUGUUUUCAACUUUACUCGAAUGUGUUUCAGUAGCAUGUUUGGAAUCUGA